AUGUCUGAAACUAAAGAUACGCUAAUAGGUUAAAAAUCUCUGAAAUCUGAGACUACUCAUUAGCCCAAGAUUCUAGACCUUGAAUAAAUCAAAUUGGCAAGAGUGAUCAUUAAAGAAAACCAUCCAUUGAAUAAUACCCAUAUUAGCCAAGUAUUCCCAGUGCUAAAGCCGUGCACCUAUUGCUGUGGCAGUUAAUCUAAAGGUGAUGAGAAAUAGUCACUUCUUGAUGAUGAAAAUAAGUACUAUGAAGCUUAGUAAAACAAAUUGAAUCAUGCUAUGAGGUAAGCUACAAUGAGGAAAUCUAAGAAAGAAGUUUCCAAAGAUCUUAAAAAGUAAGACCCUUUCAACUUUCUUGGAUUUGGUAUGGUUGCUUACAGAGAUCUCAUGCUUAUUCUGUUCAUGCUAUUUACAUUAUUAUCACUUUUAAUGUUCCCAGCUAUGUACUAUUACUCGAAGAGUGAUGGCUAUGGAGGGUAUCAAAAAGGUUAUGAUUAAUAUUCACUUGGAAAUAUGGGUUAUUCCAAUAUUAACUGUCAAACAGUCCCAUUCGAGGUCAAAAAGAUUAAUAUGUUCUGCCAAUUUGGAACUAUCACAAAAAUCAAAUCAAUAGGAAUAAAUCCAAGCACAAUUAAGUCGAGAGAUGUCUGUGCAAACAUAUAAGAAAACAAAGUAUGCACUGACAUUAUUAGCAAAGAAUUUGAUGAUAAGAUAAGAUUAUAAGUAGAAAAAGUACAAAAAACGGACUUUGAGACUACUUACACCCUUAAAGAUGUCUUUGUUAACUAUGGCACUAUUAAGAAUGACCCAAAGACCAAGGUUUGUGCAGACUCUGGAGCCAUGUUAUAUAUUUAGUAUACAUGCGAGUAAAGUGAUGAGGAACUAAAAGAGAAAUAUUCAUAAGUGAGUAUCAUAUCUUGUUUUUCUAUAUUUGCUGCUUGCAUCUAUGCCAUCACUAUAUACUUCGUGAAGAAAUAUAGUAAGCUUAACCAAAUUGAUUGGGAUCUUAAAACUGUUACUCCAGGGGAUUAUACUCUGAGAUAUGAGAUUUCUACUGAGGCUUACAUGUGGUUCUGCCAUAAUAUUUAUGAUUAAUAGCAUAUGUAGGAAAAAGGUAUCCCAAAAGCUAAGGCCUUAAAGGACUAUAUGAAGUCGGAACUUGAGACUAUACUUACUAAUAUGCUCAACUAAAUGAAACUCUCAUCUGCUGACACUUCAAACAUCAGGAUUAGCCAAGUUAAAAUUGCAGAUAUUGUGUUCUCUUAUAACAAUGGAGAAUUCAUAAAUUUGCUUAAAUAAAGAGGCAUGCAUAUUUAGAACCAAAGAUUUGAACAAAUGAGAGAUACAGAAAAGAAGAUAUGUGAACUUAAAAACUAAAAAUUCACAGACCUCACCAGACCAGUAGAAGCCUUUAUAACUUUUGAGGAAGAAGAUGGAAGUAUCAUUGGUCAAGAAUUUAAACCUUAAUUUAACUUCUUUGGAAUUAGAAAAUCUCAGGAUCAAAAGUUCUUAGGACAAGCCCUAUAUCUUAUUGAGACAACUGAACCUACUAAUAUCAUCUGGGAAAAUAGACACUAUACCAAGUUUGAUAUUGUCUGGAGAUCAGCUGUUGUAUUACUUGCUAUCUCAUUCUUAGUCUUAAUAUCAUUCACCUUGAUCUUCAUUUGCAAAUCAUACUCAAAUGUAGCUAAGACCAAGUAUCCAGAUAUUGAUUGUCCUACUAUCAACAUCACCUAUGGAUAAAAUCUUGCUGAAUACGCUUACAAGGAGUAUGAUAAUUAUUAUAACUUUGCAGAGAAAGGGUUUAUUGAACCAACUCCCCUCUCAGGUGCUCUUUAAUGUUAUUGUGAUACUUAUGGACUCGGGAUAUCAGGUUACAAAAUGAUGGACUUUAAAUAUAAUAACGUUAAAAUAUGUAAAUAGUAUUAUAUGGAUGGCUAUCUAAGUUUUGCUGCUACCAAUGCUGCUCAAUAUAUGAUUAUUGCUAUCAACUUUAUUCUCAGACUUUUCAUUAUCAAGCUAAUUGUCUUCAUUGGAAGAGAUACAGAAUCUGCUCAAACCAAACUCAUCACUAAUGGAGUUUUCAUUGUAUAAUUCUUCAAUACUGCCCUUUUACUACUCUUAGUUAAUGCCAACUUUAAUGAACAGUUCCCUAUGCUCUCUUUAAUAUUUAAAGGAAAUGUUCCAGACUUUAACGAAUUUUGGUUCUAAGAUAUCGGCAAUACAUUAGUUGGAGCUAUGCUAUUUAACAUUUACUGGCCAGUUUUGGAAUUCUUCGUCUGGUAUGGAUACAGAACUCUCUUUAGAUGCUUAGACAGAGGUCUAUGCAAAUGCGACUCAAACAAGACUAAGAAGAUCACAAUCUAACAGUAUGUUGAAAUCUACUCAGGUCCAAACUUCUUUAUUCAUUACAAGUACUCCUCUAUCUUGAAUAUUACCUUUGUGACUAUGAUGUACGGUGUUGGUUUACCAAUCUUAUUCCCUAUUGCUGCCCUCUCUUUCCUAACUCUUUAUCUUGUUGAAAAGACUAUGGUCUACUACUCUUACAGACAACCACCUAUGUAUGAUGAGAAACUCAAUAUCAAUGUUCUGACUAUUUUAACUUAUGCUCCAAUUCUUUUCUUAGGCUUUGGAUAUUGGAUGCUUUCCAGCAAGUAGCUCCUUUCUAAUGAGUUAUUCUCCUUUACUUAUGACUAGGAUAUUAAAGAAACUGGCCACAUUUGGUAUAAUGUUCUUAAAUGGCAAUCUUAUGUAGCUAGUCCAAGUCUCCCUAUGUUAUUGAUGUUCUGGGUCUUUCUUAUUGGAACUGUCACUAGAUAUUAGUGGUAUAAACUCCUUUGUACUUUAUUCCCUAACACUAUCAAGGUAGGAGAUUUAGAAAUUGAUGAAGAUUUGGAUAACUAUUUCAACACUCUUGAUGAUCAUGAUAGAAAUUGGUCAAUCAAAGAAGAGGAAUACUCAAGAAGUGCUCUUGGCAUGGAGAUUCUUCACGAACAAACUCUAACUAAACUUAGGACUUCUGAAAGAGGUGAUUCUACUAUAUAAGGAGUCCACUGUUAUGAUAUUCUUGCUAAUCCACUUUACUUGGAUGACUUCUAAUACUUCUCACCUAGCAUGGAAGAAAGAUAAAAAUACAUCAUUGAUGACGAUGAUGACGAAGGCAAUGAUACUGCCUAGAGUGAUCUUGUAAAGGUCAUCUUAAAUCUGGCUUUCUUGACUGAGAAGCAAGCAGUUGAGUUCACUUUUACCAAAGAUGCUUAUAAACAGCAAAAAAUGAAUGCCAAGCCAAGCUUUAUUAAUUGA